CACAUUUGUGAUGGCAAUGAUUUCAGAGAAACAUCUCCACCGCAAAUGAGUCAUCUUUUAAAGUAGACAUCUCAUAAAUUUGCUAGCAAUUAGUCAAAGAUGUGACGGCAACAGUCUGGAGUUUAGUUCAGGUUAAAACAAAAAGACACAUGAUGAGUAACAUCACAAUGCCUUCAGAGAAUAAUAAAUCUCUAGUGUACACCAGGUGUUCACAGUUGAAUGAAAUAAUAAGUCAUCGGUUUGCAUAUGUAGUUCAAUUUGGUUAAACAUCAAUGGAUAUUAUUAUAAGCUGUGCUGCAGCCCUUUCCAACCAACACAAAGUGAGAUAACUGACAUCAACAUGGCAGACUUUGGAGAGAUCCUGAGGAACAUUGGAGAAUUUGGAUUAUUCCAGCAGGUCACUCUGAUUGCGGUUUGCUUUCCAAAUUUUGUUGAGUCUUUUAUCUUUGCAAGCUUUCUAUUUGUCCAGUCCGAUCCAGAGCGACACUGUAAGACAGACUGGAUCCUUCAGACCGACUCUAACCUGACCACAGAGGAGCAGCUGAACCUGACUCUGCCCCGGGAGGAGGACGGGACCUUCAGCAGGUGUCGGAUGUUUGUCCCUGUGGACUGGGAAAUUAAUGCCAUCAGGGAGUACGGACUCAAUGAGACCACAGGGUGCCAAAAUGGAUGGGAGUACUACAACCUGAUGUAUGAUGCCACCAUAAUCACUGAUUUUGAUCUCGUUUGUGACAAAGCUAUCUUGGUGCAGGUGAUGCAAGCAGUGUUCAUGGCCGGUGUUAUUGUUGGCUCUGUCGUAUUUGGACCUUUUGCUGAUUCGUUUGGUCGCAAACGAGCAACUCAAAUUACACUAGUUAUAUUGUUAACAUUUACUGUAACAACAGCACUAUGCCCCAAUGUCUACUUAUACUUAGCAUCCCAGUUCAUGGUGGGAGUUGGAAACGGAGGCUAUCGAAUCAACUCUGUUAUACUGGCCACUGAGUGGAUCGGACCGUCCAAAAGAUCAUGGGGAUCAUGUGCGGCUACGCUAUUUGGAGCAGUUGGAUAUUGCACCCUCGCUGGUGUGAUCUACGCCAUCCGGCACUGGAGAGUGGUUCAACUAAUCACAGCAGCUCCAGUUGCAGUGACUGCUCUCUACAUAUGGUUUAUUCCAGAGUCAGCCAGAUGGUUGUUAAGCAGAGGAAGAACAGAAGAGGCUAAACAACUGAUUGUGAAGGCUGCGGCCAUCAACAAACGCACUGUUCCAGACUCUCUGUUGAUUUCAAUCAAAGAUGCGGUGAAGAAAGGAGGUAUAAACAUUAUUUUCAGAUCGCCUCUGCUGACCAGAUAUUUCUUCAUCGUAGCAUUGGGAUGGUUUUCAUUGAACAUCGCCUUCCUCGCCUUGUAUUUGAAUAUGGAAACCUUCGGCUUGGACAUCUUCUUGACUCAGUUCAUAUUUGGCUUUAGUGAAAUACCAUCUAUUUUCCUCGCCAUAUGGCUGUUGGAGGUUUUGGGGAGAAGAAUAUUAUUCAUAUCAACACUUCUGAUAGGAGGUCUCUCUUGCAUAUUGAUCCUAGCUGUUCCUCAAGGAUAUUCCAUCGCUGUGACAUCUUUAGCUGUCAUAGCUCGUUUUUUCCUGAUCUGGGCUGGUUCUAUAUGCAUCGUCUUUUUGCAGGAGUUGUUUCCAACAUCUGUUAGGCAAACAGCCACAGCUUUCGGAGCUAUGGCAGCGAGAGCAGGUGGAGCACUGGCUCCACUGCUCAACAUGUUGGCCGUGUACCACUGGUCCAUACCCACCACAGUCUUCAGCAGCCUUAUACUGAUCAGUGGAGCUCUCGGCUCCCUGCUUCCUGAGACCAGGAACAAAAAGCUUCCCGAGUCAGCGGAUGAGGCCGAGAACUAUAGAAAUGUUACCUCCACGAGAACAGAAGGUCUCAACCAAGAAUCAACCAAGUUCUAGACAUGUGUCUGAUGGUUUAUUCUUUAUAACAGUAAUGCAUUGGCACGACACACCUGUGUGUCGUGCCAAAAAGUUACUUUGACCCCAGUUACUUCCAACCCUGACUGUGCAAACAUGAUUAUUUGCACAAUACUGAGGGUACUAUGAUCAACACCAGUUGUCCUUAACUGAACUAUACGUUACGAACAUGUGUUUUAUGCCACAGACUUUAUCUUUUCUUCACAUGUAGGCUAUAAUCAGUAGCAACAGACUAUAUGGUAGCCUGUAACUACAGAGAACUACAAAAAUCUCCAAAGGUCAAUCUACUCAAGCACCAAUCAAAUAUAGGUUGAUACUGUUGUUAGCAAGAUGACAUUUAUCAGGUCAUAUCAAACUUUCAAAACACACGGCUCUAUGAAAACCUUUUUACCUUUUUUAACUAUAUUGAGAAAAUACAAAAUAACGGUCAAGAUGUUUUUUUAGGCUCAUAAGAAUUCAACAUCUUUGGAAAAUGAGGGCAAAGUUUUCAGAUCACAGGUUAAUGCUUGUAUUGUUGCACCCAACACAUCAAAGAUUUAAUUCAUAAGCAUCAGAAUUUGGAUAUCUAGGAUGUCUCCAUGUUACAGUUUCUACACAUUAGUGAUGGCAAUUAUUUCAGAGACUUUGAGUCGUCUUUUAAAGUAGACAUUUCAUAAAAUUGCUAGCAAUGAGUCAAACAUGUGGAGGUAACAGUCUGGAGUUUAAUUCAGGUGAAAACAAAAAGACACAUGAUGAGUAACAUAUUCAUCACAAUGCCUUUAGUGAAUAAUAAAGCUCUAGUGCACGUCAGGUCUUCACCAUUUGUAAGUAUAUUGUAAAUUGUACACAAUUGUUUGUUUUUUUCAAAAAGUACAUUAAACAAAUUUACCUUUGAAAA